AUGAUCCAUGCUGCAUUUUCUUCCGACAUUGGCCCCUCGCUUCUCGAUAACGCCAACAUACAGUUUCUACUGGCCUCCCGUACCCGGUCAAACACCUGUCUUUACACGCAAUGCUAUUUUGACUGGGAUGAUGAGAGCACAUACGGCAAUCCGUUCCACCAGACGCUUGUAAAUGGCUUAGGACAGAUCUCUGCCGCUUACAUUGUUGCACCUCCCGUUCUCGACAUCGUCCCGCACGUCAUCAAGUUCAUUGAUUUUGCGCGGACUAAGACUAUAAAGCGCAUCGUAUUCGUCAGUGCAAGUAUCCUCGAAAAGGGUGGGGAGCAAAUGGGCCAGGUUCACGAAUAUCUUGAUUCGUUGAGCGGAGAACUAGAAUGGACUGUAUUGAGGCCUACCUGGUUUAUGGAAAAUUUCUCUGAGGAUCCGCGGUUUACAGAGACGAUAAAAACGAAGAGAAUUAUCUACACUUCAGCAGGGAAUGGCAAGAUUCCCUUCGUGUCCGUCGAUGAUAUAGCCCGAGUGGCUUUCCGGAGCCUGACAGACAAGAAGGCUCAUAAUACAGAUCAUGUUCUUCUGGGACCACAAUCUAUCUCGCAUGAUCAGGUCGCCGAGAUUCUAACCCAGACAAUGGGUUUCAAAGUCACCCACAUCAACCUUCCGCCCAAGGACCUUGUACGGCACCUUGUUGAAGAUUUGGGCAUGGAUACUGAAUGGGCACAGAUGACAGCAGAUAUGGACGACUCUAUUAUCAAGCCGGGCUUGGAGGACCGACUGAAUCACGCUAUCAAGAAUGUGACCGGCGUGCCGCCACGGACAUUCCGAGAGUUUUGUCAGACUAGCAGGAAUGUCUGGAUUUAG